AUGACAACAGUGGAAGACUGUUCCACUUUUAUGCAUUCAACUGUAACACCCUUUCGGUGCCUAACUGCCAUGUUACCAGAAGGAAGCACGAGGGCAAAGACACUUCCAGGUUGCCCAAGCGUAGACAGGGGAAGUCGAGAGGCAGAGGCGAUCCCUCAUCGUGCCAAUGCGGACAGCCUACGAAACGUCUUUCUGAAGUACGCCAGUGUUGUCACAAAUGGAGAGCAUUACAUGACUUCUAAGGACUUCGUCAUUCAUUUUUUACGACUCAUCGAAGAGCAGAAUAACAACCAGAUCUCUGUCAAUUGUUUAGCUCGCGCUGCGGAUACAACCAAAGAUGGAUUGAUCUCCUUCGACGAGUUUCUUGCCCUUGAAGCACUUUUGUGCACCUCGGACGCGCUGUACGCAUUGGCCUUUGAGAUCUUUGACAGCAAGGGACGUGGGUACCUGGAGUUUGAGGAUUUCAAGGAUGUAUUUCAGUUGACCAGCCCCUAUGCCCGUAUUCCAUUCAACUUCGAUUGUGAUUUCAUCAACCUACAUUUUGGAAAAGAUCGGUCAAGAAAGAUAUCUUACCAAGACUUCACCCAGGUUAUUCAUGAUAUCGCGGAUGAGCAUGCAGUACAAGCUUUCAAAAGCCUCGAUGAAGCACACAGCGGUACGAUUUCCGCUUCGGAUUUCAAUAAAAUCAUGAUACUACUCAAAGGGCAUUUGCUUACUCCGUUUGUUCGUGAAAACCUGCUAACUGCAGCGUUGCAAGGUGAGAGUCAUGGUCGGAUCACGUUCGCCUACUACAUGGGUUUCAUAAGCCUCCUGUCAAAUAUGGAGCUGGUGAAAAAGAUAUUCCGGAAUCGAACGCAUGGACAUCAAAACCACGAACUGACCAAAGAGGAGUUGCUCACAGAGGCUCAAAAUUACGCCCAGGUCACACCUAUGGAGGUGGAUAUCUUGUUUCAGCUUACUUCCCUGCUUCGCCCUGACGGUCGUGUUAGCUACAAGGAACUGGUGGCCGUUUCUCCGUUGGAGGACAGCUUGAUAUCCUACCACAACUAUGCUCACGGGCUACAGGAAGCUGUUCAUCGCAAGGUCGAAGUCAAGGGUCGAACAAUGUUCCUGUCCGUCCUUGAGCAAAUCUAUCGUUUCUCUCUGGGUUCGGUUGCCGGAGCGGUCGGGGCCACCGCGGUUUACCCUAUUGAUUUGGUCAAGACGCGCAUGCAAAACCAACGCACUGGUUCAUUAAUCGGAGAGCUCAUGUAUAAAAAUAGCUGGGAUUGUUUCAGGAAGGUUAUCCAGUUCGAGGGCUUUGCUGGACUCUACCGUGGUCUUGGACCUCAGCUGAUUGGUGUAGCCCCUGAAAAGGCUAUCAAGCUGACAGUCAAUGACCUAGUACGAGAUCAGUUCACCCCAUCUUCGGGGAGCAUUCCACUGACAGCUGAAAUUCUUGCUGGAGCUUGUGCAGGUGCUAGCCAGGUCGUAUUCACUAACCCACUGGAGAUUGUAAAGAUACGACUCCAGGUUGCCGGAGAGAUAGCUUCCACAAAGCGAAUUUCUGCCAUCACUGUAAGUUGUCCGGUCUUUGAUUUAUUAUUUUACUUUGUUUCGUCAUCUACGUAUACCACUGACUGUAAGUUACAUUGUGCUAACUUGUUAUCUCGGUGGCAGCACAGGGGACGCGUUAUUAAAGACCUUGGAUUCUUUGGAUUAUACAAGGGGGCUCGUGCCUGCUUCCUCCGGGACAUUCCAUUUUCUGCCAUCUACUUUACUGCCUACAGUCAUUUGAAGCAGACGUUUGCCGAUGAGAAAGGUUUCAAUUCUCCUGCCACACUUUUGGCUGCAGCUACAUUGUCUGGCGCCCCUGCAGCUUGUUUGACCACACCGGCGGAUGUGAUCAAGACGCGGUUACAGGUUAUUAAAGACCUUGGAUUCUUUGGAUUAUACAAGGGGGCUCGUGCCUGCUUCCUCCGGGACAUUCCAUUUUCUGCCAUCUACUUUACUGCCUACAGUCAUUUGAAGCAGACGUUUGCCGAUGAGAAAGGUUUCAAUUCUCCUGCCACACUUUUGGCUGCAGCUACAUUGUCUGGCGCCCCUGCAGCUUGUUUGACCACACCGGCGGAUGUGAUCAAGACGCGGUUACAGGUGGAAGCUCGGAAGGGUCAGACCACCUAUUCAGGUCUCAUGGAUGCCGCGAAGAAAAUAUGGCGUGAAGAGGGUGGUCGAGCGUUUUGGAAGGGUGCAGGAGCCCGUGUGUUUCGUUCCAGUCCUCAAUUCGGCAUCACUUUGCUGACUUACGAGAUGUUGCAGCGCGUGUUCCACAUUGAUUUUGGUGGCCGGGAACUCACCGGUACUGGUAUCGAUCGUCACAUGCAACAGACACUGGUCAAUCCUGAUCACAUCGGGGGCUAUCGGUUUGCCACGGCCGCAUUUACUGGACUGGAGACCAAGUUAGGUUUAUCUUUCCCCAAGUACACGGCCCAGCGCUUAGGACUUGUGACUCCGUUCGUCGUGCAUCGGUUUUUCGAGCAACAUCUGCGCCUCAUCCGGCACCCAAAUUCUCAGGCAUCUCGGAAUCAAUCUUCAACCCUCGACGCUCAGUCUGUUUGGCUGUUUUCAAAUGUUUACACUCUGAAGCGAACAGAACAGCAAGCUGCUCUUUCCCUCAUACUGGGCUCGCUUGACAUCGAUGUUGAUCGCUCUCCAACCGACUCUAGCUCUGACACCAUCAAAGACACGUUUUAUGAUGCCUUGAAUGCCCUGUUGCGGCGAACUAGAAGCUCAGCUACCGUUCUGGUUGCCGUAAAUCCGAUACGGACGACGGCGAAGGAUUACUUGGAGUAUAUGCUGACCGGAGCUUGUUUUCAUUCAGUACUAACUUCCGAAAUAGUUGAAGUCGUCUGUCCAUUUGGUAUCUUACAGCAGCAUGUCGGCUACGAACUCAAAUUGAUCACAUUGCCAUCAGUUACCGAUGAUGUGGAUCAAUAA